AUGAGACGGCCCCGACCUAAAUCCAUGCUUGCGAGCAGCAGCAGCAGCAGCAACACAUGCAACGGCAGCAGCGGCCAAUGCAGCAGCAGCGGGAGCAGCAGCAGAGGGCGCCAAAAAGGAAAACGGUCUCCUGCUGCAGCUGCGAACCUGGGGCCUGCUGCAGCCAGCAGCAGCAGCAGCAGCAACUGCUGCUCCGAUAGCCGCAGCAGCGUGAACGAUUGUGCUGCUGCUGACGCAGCAGACGCUCCUGCUGCUUCGGCAGCUGCCGAGACCAGUUCUUCCGCGCUGGAGGGCAGCAGCAGCAGCAGCAGCAGCAGCAGCAGUGGCUGCAACUCCAGCAACGGAACAGGUGGCUGCCAGGACCGAGGUUUUAAGUUGCUGCGGUGCCACUCACAUCUGAAGUUUGACCUGGGGGGCUUCUACACCGGCGGCUGCUUGCUGCUGCUGCCGCAGCAGCUGGAUUCUGUGCAUCCUAGUUCUAGCAGCAGCAGCAGCAACAACAGUAACAAACACAGCAACAGCAGCAAGUGCUGCAGCAGCCGCAGCAGCAGCAGCAGUGACCCUGCGGCUGCUCAGGGCUUCCCUCGCUGGGUCACUGAUGAGCUGCUGCAGCUUGCUGCAGCACCCCAAGCAGGAGCUGCUGAGGCUGCUGCUAUUGCUGCUGCUGCUGCUAUUGCUGCUGCUGCGCCAGGGGCCCCUGUGCUGCAGGCAGAUGAGCAGCAGCAGCUGCAGCAAGGCCUGCUGCUUAGAAAUGGCGUAGGAUAUUAUUGCUCAAAGCGUUGCAGCCGCCGCAUUGGCAACAGCAGCAGCAGCAGCAGCAGCAACAGCGACAGCAACAGCAGCACAAAUGCUGCUUGGAGCGAUAGCACCGAUGUCAGAGGCGGGAGCAGCUGCGGAAGCAGCAGCAGCAGACGCAGCAGCAGCUUCAGCAGCAGCAGCAGCAGCUGCGAAGGAGAUGGAGACGAUGGGUUGAGUGCCUCUGCGCGCCGUUUUAGCAGCAGCAACAGCAGCAGCUGCAGCAGCAGCAGCAGCUGCUGCGGCGAUUGCGUUGCUGCAGGUGUGGCAGCUAUAGUUGAGACAGCAGCAGCAGCAGCUUCUGCAGCGGGACCUGAGGUCUGCGUUAGCAGCAGGAAUGAGGAGCAGCAGAAGAAGCAGCAGCAGCAGCUGCUGCAUGCGUUUGGCGGCGAAUGGUCUGCAGGGUUGCGCUGCGGUUUGGGAAUGGACGUGCAGCAGCAGCAGCAGCAAGAGCAGCAGCAACAUGAGCAGCAGCAGCAGCUUCAGAAUGCAGCAGGGCGGUUGCUGCUUCGUGGCGGCUCGUGGAGGGAAGACUGCCAGGAUGGCUGGGGCGUGCAGCUGGGUUUGCUGCUGCAGCCCAGCAGCAGCAGCAGCAGCAGCAGCACCACCUGCUGCUGCUGCUGCUCGGGAUCUUCCGCAUCCUUCGUUCUGGGGCGGUUUUCAAAGGGACAAAUAUUUCCGGGUCCCCUUGUGAUUGCUUGUGGGUCCUGCGUGUUCUUCGGGUCAGCUGUCGGCGGCAGCAGCAGCUGCAGCAGCGGCAGCGACAGCAGCAGCAGCAGCAGCAGCAGCAGCGAGAGCGGCCGCAGGAGCAGCGCUAAUGUGUUGGAGUCUCUUGAAGGCAUAUGCAUUAGCAUCUGUCGCGGAACAACCAGGAGCAGCAGCAGAAGCAGCAGCAGCAACAGCAGCAGCAGCAACAGCAGCAGCAACGGCUGCGGUAAGACGCGUCCAGCGAUUGCAUUUAGGCGACUUUCUGGUGUGCGCAUCUUCUGCAGCAGCAGCAGGAGCAACAGCAGCAGCAGCAGCAAGAACAACAGCAUCACAAACGGCAGCAGCAACAACUGUAGCAAAACAGGGGACGGCCGUAUUUGCAGCCUUGAAGAAUUCGUCCCAUUACCGUCCUGGGCAGCAGUUAGCAGCAGCAGCAGCAGCAGCAGCCGCAGCAACAGCAGCAGCAACCAUGGUAGGAUAUGCGACCCAUAUGAGUCCAUGCCGCCACUUGUGCAGCUGUUGAAGCUCUUAAAACAGUUCCUGUUCACUGCAGCAGGGUGGCAGCAGCAGCUGCAGCAGCAGCCGCUGCAGCAGCAGCCACUGCAGCAGCAUUUGCAGCAGCAGUGCUGCCCAGACUCGGAGUUGAGGUGUACAGGCAGUUCUGUGGGGUUUCGCAGCGACCCCUUGCAUGCUGCUGCUUUAUUUAGCAGCAUAUUUGCUGGAAGGCGGCGGCAGCAACAGCAGCAGCAGCAGCGGCAGGAGCAGCAGAUGCUGCAGCAGCACGAGGAGUUGGCUCGGCAGCAGCAGGAGCAGCUGCUGCGCAUACAGCAGGAGCAGCGGCAGCAGCAGCAGCAGUACCGACAAGAAGAAGAAGAAGCACAUCAGCUGCUGCAGCAGCACGGCAGCGGCGUGGCUGGGGAGGGACUAACUGCUGCUGCUCUUGCUGCUGCUGCUGCGGCUGCUGCUGCAGCUGCUCCCGUUGCAGUGAGCACGACAACGCUUGCUGCUGCGGCGACUGCUGCUGCAGAUGCUGCUGCGCGCGCAAACGCCAGAGCAGCAGCAGCAGGAGCUGCAUACGAGGCGACGCAUGCAGCAAGGGCAGCAGCAGCAGCAAGAGCAGCGCAUGCACUCCAGCCCGCUGCGACGCGGAACAGAGCAGCGCCAGCAGCAGCAAGUGCUGCUGCUGCUGCUGCUGCUGCUGCUGAUAGCAGCGACUUCUCGUGGUCCGAACUGGAAGAUUCAUUAGAGGAAGACGUUUCCGCUGCUCCGCCAGCAGCAACACCAGCGACAACACAAGCAGCAGCAGCAGCAGCAGGUGACGCAAGUAGGGAGCAACUAGGUGGCUCAGAGGGAGCAGCAGCAGAUGCAGCAGCAUCCCCAAACGGAGCAGCAGCAGCUGCAAGAGCCCCAGCAGCAGCGCCGGAGAGUCUGUCAGCAGUUAGAGACGCAGCAAGCCUCGCAGCCGCAGCAGUUGCAGCACAAGCUGCUGCUGCAGCACAAGCGCAGCCAGAGGUUGCUGUUUGUCCUGCUGCUGCUGCCGCAGCAACAGGGAGGCCAGCCUCAGCUGCUGCCUCCAGGAGAUGCAGCACUUCAGCGACAGUAGAAGAUGACACAGAAUUUGAAGCAGCAGCAACGUGGCAGCUGCAACCGCAGCAGCAGCAAGCGCCCGAUAGUGGUUGCGGGGGUUUGCAGCAGCAGCAGCAGCAGCCAGAACAGUUGCAUGCGCUGCUGCUGCAGCAACAGCAGCAGCUUCAGGAACUGCUGCAAUGUCAGCCUUCCUUUGGGAACAAUCCGCGCAAGCAGCAGCAGCUGCUGCAGCGUUUCGCGCAGCAGCAGCGCGAGCUGCUGGCGCGCCUGGAAGAGGAGCAGCUGCAGCUGCAGCAGCAAGCAGAAGCUGAAGAGCGAAUGCGUCAGGAGCAAGAACGGCAGCUGCAACUGCAGCAGCAGCAGCAGCAGCAGCAGCUCGAAUACGAAGCCAGGCAGCAGCAAGCCCUUGAGUCGAACUUACGUUCAUUUUUCUUUUCGUUUGAAGAGGAAAUGUCCGAUGAUGACAGCAGCAGCAACAGCAGCAGCAGCAGUAGCAGCGGCAGCAGCAGCAGCAGCAGCAGCAGCAGCAGCAGCAGCGGCGGCAGCAGCAGCAGCAGUAGCAGCGGCAGACCCUGCAACAUCACAGCAGCUCAAGCAGUAGAUGCUGCUGGAAACAGUCACGAAGCUCAUCAGUUACAGCAGCAGCAGUUUCUGAAGGAGCAGCAGCAACUUCAGCAGCAGCAGCAACAGCAGCAGCAACGGCACUGGCUCGAGAGUUCUUCUUUUCCUUCUCCUAACGCUCUUCUUAUCUCUGGGAGUAACACCCCUCCUGCGGCUCCAGCAGCAGCAAAUUUAGCAGCAGCAGCAGCAGCAGGUGCGAGCGGCAGCAGCAGCAGCUGCAGCCGUCGCAGCAACGCCAUAAUCCUGCCGCUGCCAGGGUGGGGUGAGACAUUUUCAGGCCUGGAGCCAGCAGACCCUGCAGCAGCAACAGCAGCAGUAGCAGCAGAAGCAGCAGCAGCAGGAAAUGCUGCUGCUGCUAUGCUGCAGCGAGUAGAGCCGCAAGCCGUGCCUCUGCAAGCUGCUGCUGCUGCUGCGUCAGGCGCACCAGCAGCAGCAGCACCUUUGUCUGCUGCUGCUACUUCGAGGUCCCCCAGUGAGACGCGCAGCAUCAGCAGCAACGCAACAGGCAUCAGCAACAGCAGCAACAAACCAGGCAGCACAACCAGCUGCAGCAGCAGCUCCAGCAGUUUCCAAACUAGAAAGUCCAAAGGGAGUACUGGAAGGGGGCUGCUGCAGCUGUUGCCGCUGUGGAACAGCAGCAGCAGCAGCAGCAGCCGCUUGCCGCCUUCCAACGUAGACGUCGACGUGGAACUUCCGUCUGCAGCAGAUGAGCUGCAGCAGCAGCAGCAGCAGCAGCAGCACGAAGGGUUCAUAGGCGCAGCUGCGGGGCUGCUGCAGCAGGCGCAGCAGCAGCUGCGUGGUGCUGCAGCGCAAGGUCGGUCUGGGUUUGAUGUUGCUGCUUUCCAACAGAAAGAUGCAGCAGCAGCAGCAGCAGCAGCAGAAAACGUGGUAGAUGAAAGCUUUGUCAUAUCCUGGGGGACAGCAAGCCCGCCUGAGGCUGCAGCAGGCCUGCAGCAGCAGCAACAGCAGCAGCAGCAGCAGCAGCAGCGAGAGCAGCUGCAGCAGCAAGUAACUCCCAGUGGAUUAGAACAGCAGGUGCAGCAGAUCCAGCAGCACAGGGCACAUAUGCAGCGGCUAGCUGCAGGAAGCCACGCUCAGGAGGAGCAGCAGCAGCAGCAGAAAGUGCAGCCAGAGCGUUCGUUGCUGCAGCUGGCACCGCAACUGCAGCAAAGACUGCAACAAGAUCCUCUAAAGCCAUCAGUAGUUAGCGGGCCCUGCAGCAGAAGCAGCAACAGCAGCAGCAAUGCCGGUGCUCGCGGGCCCUUCCAUUUCCUCGUUGAUAGGCACACAGCUAGCCAGCAGCAGCAGCAGCAGCAGCACGUGCUGCUGCAGAAGCAGGAGCAACGGCAGGCGCUGCAGCAAAACGAACCGCAGCAGCCAAAAGAGCCGCAAGAAUCGCAGCUGCAAGUGCAGCAGCAACAGCAGCAGACGACGCAGCAGCCACAGGAGCAGCCUGGCGAGGCAGGGCUCAAGCUGCUGCAGCGGCAGCAGCAACAGGUAGUUGCUGCGGCGACAUUAGGCGCAGCAUCCGGAGUGCAGCUGCAGCGUCAUGAGGAACAGCAGCAGCAGCAGCGGGAGAGGCAGCAGCAGACACCUCAAGUGCCACAGCUGCAGCAGCAAAUAUGCGACACAGUAGGUGUGGCGGUGCACGGGCAGCGUGAGCAGCUUCUCCCACAGCAGCAAACGCAGUCUCGGGAGCAGCAGCAGCAGCGGCAGCAGCAAGAGCAGCCGCAGCAGGAGCAGCAGCUGCAAGGGCAACAUCUGCAAGAGCAGCAGCAGCAGCAGCAGUGGCAGUGGCAGCGAGAGCAGCAGCAGCGAGAGCAGCAGCAGCAAGAGCAGCACCGGCAAGGGGAACAGCAGCAAGGUCAGCAGCAGCAAGAGCAGCAGCAGCAAGAGCGGGAGCAAGGGAAGCAACCUCUACUGCAGAGCUUGCUGCUGGGCAGCGUUCCUGCUGCACCUCCUUCUUGGAGUUCAUUCCUCGACGCAGCUAUUAAGGGGGUAUCCGUUGCAUCUUCGGCAGCAGCAGCAGCAGCUGCUGCUGCUGCUGCUGCUGCUGCCAGCAGCAACCCGUCCGACUGGCACCGCCGUCCCCUGAGCGCAACUGCAUGCAUUGCGCGGCACUAUGACCGUGUGGAGGCAUUUCAGAGGCGCUGCUUCGAGCUAGGGAGCCCAGCAGCAGCAGCAGGAGCAGCAGCAGCAGAAGCAGCAACAGCAGCGCCAAACAGCGCACUGGCAGAUGCUGCGCUGCAGCCCAUUUCCUCAAUAGAUGACUGGGAGCGGCUGCAGCAGCUGCUGCAGCAGCAAGAGCUGCUGACGCUGCUGGACUUGUGUGUGCACUUGCACCUGCUGGACCCGCUGCAGCUGCCGGGGGUGGCGGAGCCUGCUGCUGCUGCUGCUGCGGGGGCUGCUGCUGCUGCUGCUGCGGGCGCGCCGCAGCUCGCAGCAGCAGCAGCAGACAGCCGCAAACGCAGCAAAGCCUGGGUCAGGCAGCACCUUGUUGCUGUUCUCGUGAGGGCACUGCAGCGGCAAAAAGAUCAGCUGCAGCAAAUCAACAGCCAGCCUUUAUACCCCGAUGAGUUGGAGCUCUGGAGCGAAGUGCUGCUGCCGCCGCAGCAGCAGCAGCAGCAGCAGCAAGCCCUCGCCCUCCCCAAACUCAACCUCCAGUUCCUCACCGUCCACGACUACCUGCUGCGCAACUUCCAGCUGUUCAGGCUGGAGUCGAUUUACGAAAUAAAAGAAGAAAUAGAAGACGCAUUGUGGCGGCUGAGGCCUCGCCGGAAGCUGGCAGCAAACGCUGUUGCUAGCAGCUAUCCUUCAGCAGCAGCAGCAGCAGCAGCAGAGCAGCAGGACCCGCUGCAGCUGCUAACAGACGCAGCAGACUAUCUUGGCGGCGAAACUGUCUUUGAGGGUUCCUGCAGAAUGGCUUUGAAGCUCGAGAGGUUCACCGUCGUAGCUGUCGAGCCACCGAAAGUGGGGGAGCAGUUUCCCGCUGCAGUGCAUGCGGAGCUGGUGUUUGACUUGGGGAGCUGCGGGAAGCAAGUCAAGGAAGAAUGGGACUCUUUGAAAGAAUUUGAUGUUGUGUUUUGUCUGGCGGUGUCUCCGCCGCUGCUGCUGCAGCAGCUGGACGUACACCCCGAGGCCCUCGCUCCUGCUGCUGUCCGCAGCACUUUCGGCAUUAUGGCAGUUCGGGGGGCCCAGGUGCAGCAGCUGCUCGACCAGGAAGGAGUUUGCAUCUCCGAGCCCAACCCCCUCAAGCCGCACAAGCCGGUGGGGAGUGUACGUACACUGCGGGUGCUGCUGGACAGCUGCGCAUACACCCGAGAUGUGGAGCAGCUGAAGGAGGAAGGAGUGUCUUCUUUGUUUGCACAAAUGAACAUCAUAAUGCGGAGAAGUGCUCGACAAAACAACUUUAAAUCCAUUUUGGAAACAAUUCGAAACAUAAUGAACCAUCCCGAAGAUGUUGUGGUGCCUCCCUGGAUGCACGACCUGUUCCUGGGCUACGGCGACCCCGCGGGGUGUACGUACACCCGACUCCCCACACGCAUGCAUGCGCUCGACCUCCGCGACACCUUCGUCGACCUGCAGCACAUGCGCGAGUCCUUUCCCGCAGCAGCAAGCAUCACUCUUCCCGACGACGCAGACCCGCAGCAGCAGCAGCAGCAGCAGCAGCAGCAGCAGGGGGACAAGGAGCCGUACUACAGGCUCGAGUUCAGGCCGCGGAAGAAGGGCGAGAAGAGCAGCAGCAGCAGCAGCAGCAGCAGCGGCGGGCAGCAGCUGGAAGGGGAUCUCACGAAGGACCAUCAUAUUAUUUUCAGGAAAUACACUUUGCCCAACCACGGCCCUUACAAAGAGUGCAAAAGAAAAAGAAAUAAAAUCAGGUUCACGCCGGCGCAGGUGCGGGCUUUGAUCUCGGGGCUGCAGCCGGGAGUGACUCUGGUGGUGGGGCCGCCGGGCAGCGGGAAGACAGACACAGCAGCACAACUGGCUUAUUUGCUGCACCAAGGAAAUCCAGAAGAAAGGAUUUUGUUGGUUGCUCAUUCAAAUAGUGCAUUAAAUGAUCUUUUUAGAAAAGUAGCAGCACUGGACGUGGACGAAACGAAGCUGCUGCGCCUCGGGAGAGGCUCGCUGGACCUGCAGCAGCAGCAGCAGCUCUGGCAGCAGCAGCAGCAGCAGCAGCAGCAGCAAGACGACCUCCUCAUGCCCCUCGAAGGCAGCAAUGACGCAGAAGACUUUUCCUUUUCCAAACAUGGCAGAGUUAACAAAGUGCUGGAGCAGCGGAAGCUGCUGCUGCAGCAGAUCGCCCGGCUCGGCGAGUGCGUCGAGGCCGAGCUUGCUGCUGCUGCUGCUGCUGCUGCAGGCACUGCAGCAGCAGCAGCAGCAGCGCCUGUCUCCGUCGGAGACGUCAGCUCCAGCUGCGAGGCUGCGCAGCAAUUCUUCAAAUACCAUAUUCAGUUUAGAAUAGAAAGAUACAUGGCAGUCCUCAGCAACAUCAACGAGCUGCUGCAGCAGCAGCAGCAGCAGGACUCGCAGCAGCAGCAGGACCCCCUGCUGCAGCAGCAGCGCCAGCAGCAGAUCCGCAAAAAGGUGGAAGCAGCUAUUGAAAGAUACGAACAAGAAAGAGGCAGCAGAAUAUUCGUCAUGCUCCCAGCCAGCCGCAGACGCAAUAACCCUGAGCAGCAGCAGCAGCAGCAAGAGCACCAGCAGCAGCAGCAAGAGCAGCAGCAGCAGCAGCAAGAGCAGCAGCAGCAGCAGCAGGAGCAGGAGCGGCAGGAACAGCAGCAAGGGACGAAGCGUCCCUCUUCAACUCGUGCUGGCAACACCAAAAAGAAACGCCGCCAGCAGCAGCAGCAGCAGCAGCAGCAGCAGCAGCAGGGGGAGGUAGAGACAGAGACAGAGACAGAAUCGGAGACAGACGAGACACCUGAGGAAGACCCCAGUGCUGCUGCUGCUGCAGCAGCAGCAGCAGCAGAAGAGACCCACUUCACUGUGGACGCAGCGACUGCGCACUUCGAGUACGGAUUGAGUUUGGAAGGUCUUUUGUUUCCCUUCACUUCUUUUUUUAGCGACGCGCCGCAGCCGCUUUUUCCCGGAGACAAAGACACAGAUGCUGCUGCUGCUGCUAGCUGCUGCCGCUACCUCGAGCGCAUGCAGCAGCAGCUGCAGGACUACAGGGCCUUCGAGCUGCUGCGCACUGCAGCAGACAGAGCCGACUUCCUCCUCACGACGCACUCGCGGAUGGUGGCGAUGACGUGCACGCACGCGGCGAUAACGCGGGAGCGGCUGGUGGGGCUGGACUUCAACUUCGACUCUUUGAUAAUUGAAGAAGCAGCACAAAUCCUCGAAGUCGAAACUUUCAUUCCCAUGCUGCUGCAGAAAGCAGCAGCAGCAAAAACCUCCCGCCUCAAGCGCAUCGUCCUCAUUGGCGACCACCACCAGCUGCCCCCCAUCGUCAAGCACAUGGCGCUGCAGCGAUUCUGCCGGCUGGACCAGUCGCUGUUUGAGCGUUUCGUGCGUCUAGGGGUGCCUUCGGUGUACCUGGACCGGCAGGGGCGUGCGCGGGGCAGCCUGGGGUGUCUGUACAGCUGGCGGUACCCCGUGCUGCAGCAGCUGGAGUUCAUGGAAGCAGCAGCAGUUUUUAAAGUUUGCAAUCCGGGACUAAGUUUUGCUUUUCAAUUCAUCAAUGUCGAGGACUUCGGGGGCCAGGGCGAGAGCGCGCCGCUGCCGCACUUCUACCAAAACCUGGGCGAGGCCGAGUUCGUGGUUGCGGUGUACGUACACCUCAGGCUCCUGGGCUACCCCAAAGACCGCAUUGUUCUUCUCACUUCUUAUAAUGGACAACUUUCUCUUCUUCAGGAAAUACUGCAGCAAAAGUGCGCCUGGAACCCCGCCAUUGGACUCCCCAGGGCCGUCUCCACCGUCGACAAGUUCCAGGGACAGCAGGGGGACUAUGUUUUGCUUUCUCUUGUGCGCACAAACCGCGUGGGUCACAUUCGAGAUGUUCGCCGCCUUAUUGUCGCCGUCAGCAGAGCCAGACUUGGACUUUAUAUUUUUGGCCGGUGGUCGCUUUUCAGCAACUGCGUGGAACUGCUUCCGGUGUUCAGACAGCUGGCGCGCUACCCCCUUGAGCUGGCUCUACACCUCGACGAAACUGACUUUCGCGAAACUUUGAGGGCUCAUAUUAAUGCCGUUAAUGAAAAUAAACCGUUGCCUCCCCGGGGCCCCAUCACGUACAUUCGCACUGUAGAACAGAUGCAGCAGCUAGUGCAGCAGCAAGCAGCUCGUCGCGUUGCUGCAUUGAAGCAGCAGCUGCUGCGGCCGCAGCUGCUGCAGCUGCCGCAGCAGCUAGAAGCAGCAGCAGAAGCAGAAGCAGCAAGACUUGCUGCUCUUGAACCCCAAGAGACACACAGGGCCCCCCCAGGCCUUUUGGGGGCCCUAGGCUCUCAGGUGCCUCCCCCGCAGCCGCUGCAGGAGGAGGAGCUUUCUGCUGCUGCUGCUGCUGCUGCUGCUGAGCCAGCAGCAGCAGCAGCAGCUGACGGUGCUGCAGCAGAAGAGGUUUCUUCGCCAGCAGCAGCAGGAGAUGCGCCAGCAGCUGCAGGAGGUGCGGCAGCAGCAGCAGAAGAUGGAGCAGCAGCAGUAGAGGGAGAUGCCCCAGCAGAAGCAAGAGAUGCAGCAGCAGCAGCAGCAGCAGCAGCAGAAGGGAAUGGAGACGACGGAACAAAGGAAGGAGAGACAGCAGCAGCAGAAUCAGCAGCAGCAGCAGCAGCAGCACCUAGGGAUUAA